GUCUUGCUUCACAACAAGAAUGUCAUGUAGUUUGUGGGUAAAUCUUUCUUCUCAUUUCCAACAUCCAUUCAUCACCAUCCGCAAUGUCAGCAGCACUUUCAACAGCACCGACAAAGAGAAAAAGACGUAGAGUAAUCGUCGCUUGUUUGGAAUGCCAUCGAAGGAGAGUAAAGUGUGAUCGUGGAGAACCGUGCAAUGCUUGUAUAAGGCACGGCGUUGGUGAUUCUUGCGCUUAUGAGCCAAUGACAAAUACAAAAGAAGCAAAUGCCGGUCCCUCAAACAGCCAUGAGCCGGAAAUGCCUGCAGAAUCCACCGCUCAUGACUUUUUCAAUUUUGCAACAGGAAAUCAGCAACCGUAUGAAACGACCAACUGGUUCACUCAACCAUGGCAAAAUGUAAGCACCUCCGAUACAACUACAUCAUCUAUCAGAGCUCCAUCCCCACAUCGUCUAUCGGCAUUACGGUCAAGUCAUGACGGUAGCUCAAUCAGUCCUCCCAACCCAACAGAAGAUCCCUCGCCUGCGUCAUCUUCAAGCAGCUAUCCACAAAUGGAGAAUGCGCCUAUGGCACGCUUCUUGCGACAAUCUCAGGGUGAAAAAGUACCGCACUCGAAUACGGAAUCGUCAAGCAAUACCAGCCCUAGCCAAAAAGAAGGGUCUACAUAUGCAUAUACGCGGGAAGAAGCGAUCAGGAUACGUAAAGCAUGCGCUCAUUGGCCUCCUAUGAGUCGAAUCCCAAAUAUGGCACGGUUUUAUUUUGCCGAAUUGAACUGCUUUUACAAUAUCAUGGAUGAGGAUUACGUUAAUGCCUUCAUUGCUCGUCGUGUUUUACCCCUUUUGGAUUGCAAAAGUGACGAUGAGUUCUAUUAUAGGAUUCGACCUGGUGAUGCCACUAAGCUAGCCCUAACUGCAACGAUGAUUAUCAAUUCCGCUCUCAGAUGUAGUGCCGGCUUGCUUGCGCUCUGGUUCACAUCCCGUGAACCUAAAGGAAGGAUUAGAGAUGAUGCAUAUACGGCCGAAGCAAGGGAUGCAAUUUCUGCGCAAAUCAGAACAUCCAUCAAAACUUUGCUGACUGAAUGCAUGCAAUUGGAUGGUCCUUCGUAUGACAAAGUUCGAGCAACGAUUUGUUGGAUGGAAACUUUGAAGAGUGAAGGAUCUUUGGCAGGUCCUGAAGCGGUUGUAUGGUUUCCUCGUUUAACAAAAGUUGCGGAAGAGAUUGAUCUUUUCAAUGAACCACCAAAAGAUGUUGGUGAGAUUGAGAGGGAGAUGCGUAGGUGGUUGUUCGUUGACUUUAUCGCUUGCAAUUGGUUUGGCGCAACGAUUUAUGGUGAACAUUUACGUGUGCCUUCCGAGAAGCUAAAUACUGAAUAUCCAUCAAGAUUUAAGAACCGAGAACAAGAAGUGAAAAUGCUUCGAUUCCGAAUGGGAAAGGUAUUCGGCGAAUUAGGUCAAGUGACCAAAAACGGUACGACGGAUUGGCGAAAGGUAGACGAUAUCGAUGAAGAACUUCAGGAAUACUUGCGUGCAAUACCCAAUGAUCUCAAGCCAGAAACAGCCGGUGGAAUUUUGAAUGCAGCAUUUAAGCAAUCUUUGCUGCACAAUCAUACUUCAGAAUCAAAGGCUUUUCGUUUGCAAAAGCACUUGCUUGGGGUUUUUUAUAACUUCUUGCGAGGUUUGACGCACAGGACUAGAUUUUUUCCACAUCCAGAGAUACCCGAAGAACGUGUUCAGCAUUCUCGCCAGAUUUGCGUAGAAUCAGCAAAGAAUAUCCUUUGGCUUCAGCAAGAAAAUCGAGCAGAGUCCUUCUCCGAUGCAUGGGUUAGAGGGUUUCAUUAUGUAUACAUCACUUUGGAGCAUGCCGUCGUUCUGAUCUUGGCAGCAUUGACGACUCUUGGUGAUGCAGAGACUGAGCAGCAAGCAAGGAUGCAUGACUCUCGCACUGCUACAGAAUGGGAAGGUGGUCCGUUACAAGAAGCAGUGACAAAAGCUCGUUCUUUACUUGAAUGGAGUCAACGUGCUGCUGAUAUCUUAUCUGGUUUGCCGAUGGAUGUUUCGACAAACAUUCAAGCAAGUCAAUUUUUGAACAGAUUACAAACAAAAGCAAAUAGUCUGGUUGAUUGGUAUGAAUCUUAUGCUAAAUCAUCUACCGGUCCAAGAUUGGCCAUCUUCAGUGCUGCAACGGCAACUAAACACCUUCUUUCCGAUUCUGAUGGUAAAACGUUACCGAUCCCGAUGCUGCAUGGGAAUAUCGAGAUGACAAGCGAUCAAAGCUUUUCAAACGAAAAGCAGGCUAAAGUACCCUCAAAAUCCUCAAAUGAAAGCACACAAGAUCCAAUGCUGUUUUUGGGUUCACAUGCUAUUAUGGGCAAUACAUCUCAGAAUGAUCAGCAAGGACAGUCUUCGUCCAAUCUUACACCAUCACAAAUGCUUCAUUUUGAUAACAAUUCAAUGAGUGAUUUGGUCUAUAUGGGUGGCCUAGACAACGCGAGCUUUUCUUUGCCCAGAAAGGAUGCGGAAGAUCCUUUGAGCAUGUUUGACGCUGCACCUCCUUUGGAAGAACAAAUUGAUGUUUGGUUGGCCUUGUUGCAGCAGUGAGGAAUGUGUUUCUCGCAGGACUCGAUCAUAAAAUAAAGGAUGUAAUGUAAUAUAAUAGUCACAUUUCUUUCUCUUCAUGUAUUUGUUAUCGGAAUGAAAAGCUAC